AUGGCAGCGACUGAUCUCCUGGUCAUUGUCACAAUUGUAAUAUUAAAUCGAAUUGCUGGGAUCUACUUCCCCUCCAGCUUCCUGUCAAUCACUCCUGUAUGCAGUGUCCGUUCUAUCUUAAAUUUUGCGGCCAUUGACAGUUCUGCCUGGCUGACAGUAGCUUUCACCUUUGACCGCUUUGUAGCCAUUUCUUGCCAGAAGUUGAAAAUAAAAUAUUGCACCAAGAAGGUAGCUGCACGAGUAAUUGGAAUCUUGUCUGUGCUAGCUUUCAUGAAAAAUGUCUUUCUAUAUUUUCAAAUGGAGCCCAAGUACAUUGUCGACAAUGUACCAUGGUUGUGUAGCUUAAAAACAGAAAUUUACAUGAUACCAGGAUGGAUUGCAUAUGACUUUAUCAGUUCCAGUUUAACAACGUUUCUCCCAUCCGUGCUUAUUUUACUGCUCAAUGCUCUGACUGUCAGGUAUAUACUCAUGACCAAUAAAGCCCGCAACAGACUCCGUGCCCAAAAGAACAAGGAGAACCAAAGUGAUCCUGAGAUGGAGAAGCGGAGACACUCCAUCAUUUUGCUCUUUACAAUCUCGGGCAGUUUCAUCUUGUUAUACCUCCCAUCAUUGAUAACGAGCAUCUAUGUCCGAAUUGUGAAAGUUACCUACUCCCUGGGUCCUAUUUACAUCCUCCGCCAAACUGGAUACAUGCUUCAGUUGAUGAGCUCUUGUGUCAACCCAUUUAUUUAUGCUGGGACCCAGAGUAAAUUCCGAGCCAGGUUGGCUGAUCUGUUCGCUCAGCCCCUUAAAAUAUUUACGUUUUGGAAAUAA